AUGGCUCGCCGUGGAUCUGCUGAACCUGGGCUGAUGAGCCUUGGUGGUCCGGUAGAGGCCGACACCCCCGUGCAAGAAUGGAUUCUGCCGCUGCCGCAACAGUUGUACCAAGCAGAAGGGCUCGAACAAGCCGCAGAUUGUGGUGAUUACUCUGGUUAUUUGUUCAACGAUUACGACUUUAGCGAUACUUCUUUUGGGACCGGCGAUAUCUUCGACACUACUACCGACUUCCUCGACAAUCCUGUUAUGCCCACGGGCGUUGAUCUGGCGCUGCCUCAGCAUGGUGGUGGCGGCGUGAUGUCCAGGUGGCAUGCGAUCAACGAUCGUCUGCUGGCGACGGACAGCGGGAGUGACCAGCAGCUCUUCUUCGGCGACCAUAACAGCACCCAUGUUGCCACUGCCCCUGGCCCACUGCCUUCGACCCAGCCGCAAACUACGGGUACCCACCACAUGACUGCUUCACCAAUCGAAUCUUCCAAUGACGCUGGCUCUUCCACCAACUCUGGCAAAACUUCUCUCUCAAAGAAGCGAUCCUACACACCUCCUUCCACCACCUCGCCACCAAAAAACGAGCGCGAGAACAAGCGCCAACGCAACACCGAAGCCGCACGACGGUACCGUCAGCGAAAGGUUGACCGAGUGUCGGAGCUUGAGGACGCCCUCGCCGUCAUGACGAAGGCCAACGAGGACUUGAAGCUAAAGCUAGCAAGGUCUGAAGCCGAGGUGGAUGUGCUGAGAGGGCUGGUGGCCAAGCGAUAG